GGUAAGUUUUGGAUAUUACUGCCUCGCAUUCUAUCAUCUAUGUUUGGUCAGCAGAACUAUUUCCGACAAAGGUUCGAAACUCUGGAAUCGGUACGAGCAGUGUAGUUGGCUUUGCAGGAAGCAUGACUUCACCAUAUAUCUCUGACAUGGGAAAGUAUGUACAUGGUUCGUUCGGAGAGGUUUUGCCGCAGAUCAUGUUUGGAGCUUGUUCUGUCAUAGCUGGUAUGACGUCACUUCUUCUCCCGGAAACCAAUGGAAAACCACUUCCGGAAACUGUGUUUGACGCUGUCCAAUUUGGAAAGAAAAAAGCGGACGACAGGAAUAGCCGGUUUACUGUUUUCUAUACCAAUGAUGCAUUUAACAAAGAUGAGCUGUCAGGCGAAGUGUAGUGCUGAAACUUAAAAAUUAUAAUUGAGCCGUGUCACGACAAAACCAACAUAAUGGGUUUGCGACCAGCAUGGAUCCAG